AUGGGCCGGAUCCAGAUUGCGCCCGAUGGCCACGUCGACGGCGGCCUGCGGCUGUGGCGGCCGGGCCAGCCAGCGCAGCUCUUGGACGGACCGCCGCCUUGGACGUGCGACUCUGCGCUUGGCGACACGCUUCGAUUGGCCGACGCCACGUCGGACGAGGUCGAGUGGGUCGUCGGCGCCACCGCGUCUUCUGUCGCCUUGCGGCCAGGCGUCCAGCUACGUCUCGCGUACCGAGGGCCUUGGGAUGCCGUUGAGAGCAUGCGCGCGGGCUACCUCCGCGUGACGGUGUCGCUGCGCCGGGGCUCGCCAGGUACCCUCGUCGCAACGCUGACGCCUGGCGGCGGUGCCGUCUCGGCGCAUCUGUCCGUUGGCACCGUGCUCUCUCUCCCCACGACAGACCGCACACUCGCCGUUGGAAGCCUGGGUUUUGAGCUGUUUGCCGACGUUGGCAGUCGCAGUCUUGGCACUGCACGACUGGCGUCGUUGCAACUCGGAGCCGCUACGACGCUCGACCUCAAAGAGCACCCGGCGCAACGGGCGGUGCGCCACCAAGUCGUGGUGACGUUGGCGUUCGAGCCGUUCCAGCGCAGCCCGAUUUCUGGUUAUCGCCAUCUCUUCGUCCUUGAAGCAAGGACUGUCGUGGCGCCCGAUUGCAACCUCGUCGCGCGGGUCUCGCUGCCACCUACGGCGACUCUGGUACUCGAGUCGCCGCUCGCCCUCUCCAACUCUGGCGCCGAGUGGGCAUGGCACUGGGUUGUGCCGUUGGCCGAGGUGCCGGCGCAGUCGACGCUAGCGCUGAGUAUUCUUGACGCGACGUGCGACGAUGCAACGGUCGCGACGUGCGAUCUUGCGCUCUCCGAGACGCCUGCGUGGGUGCCACUGACGCCGCGAGGCGAGCUCUUGGUCGUUGCUGCCCGAGAAGCUUUCUUGACGACCGUUCGGCUGACGCGUCUUUGCAACCUUCCGGCGACGACCAAGACUGUGGAGCUUCGUUGUGGCGGUGACGUCGUGCUGCAGUCGACGCAGCCGCUCAUCGCCCACUGCUCGUCCGCUCUGGCGUGCGUCGCGUGCAACAUCGAGCUCUCUGUUUGUCUCGACGAGCCGAUCCUGAACCUCUCGCUUCUCCUGGACGACGAGGUGCGUCUCUCACGCGUGGUCUGCGCUGCUUCGUCCGCCACCUUUGACGUGGCCUUGUCAUCGGCGAUCCGCGUUGGGUUCGGCUCCGACACGGCGACCUACGAGCCCUCGCCACGCCACGUGUGGAUCUCGCUCGUCACACCAGAUCUUUCCGUUGUAGUCUCGUGGGAUGGUCAGAAGCACGCGUUGUCGCAGGAGAUGCGACUGGAGCUGCGCGUCGACGACAGUCGAACCGCCGUUCUUGUCCUCGAGGCUGCCGAUACCGCUCAGGGGUACAUUUACGGAGAGAUGCUGACAGAUAGCUCGGUGGCGACACCGUGGCAAGGGCCGGUGGCGCUCGUCUUGGGCGGCUCCGUUGUGCACGAGGUGGUUUGCAGCAUAGCGUCGCAACCGUUCGCCUACGACGCGCAGCAGGAUCUGUUCAGCGACGUAACCAGCCCUGUGCAGUAUGUCCCAGGACCCGGCACGCUCUAUCUGCAGCUCACAUCGCCAGCGGCGGUGACGAUGCGAAUCGCGGCCAGCAAGUGGUCGGCGACGCACGUGCCUCCGUCUUCGCGCAUUAUGGCUGUGCCUCUGCAUUGGAGCCCGAGCGAAAAACCGUCCCGAGCCUCGUGCUUGAAGCUGCCGACGCACCUGCGGCUUGCAUCAACCUUGCAGCAUGGCUACUGCAGCCAUCUGAAUGGUCUUUCUCGUCGCUUCUGA